AUGGACUCCAAGGAAAUCCUGGCAGUCCACUCAAUACUGCAUCUGAUCUUUCAUCGCAACAAGAAUCAACAUCGUCGAACUAAAUGGUGGAAAUGGCUAUCCAUCUUGAAACGCGCCACCUUGGAUCUCGCCCGAUCGGGGGUAAAAUCUCACCUGGCCACGCACGUAAUCCCAAGGUGUUACAUCGCUUUCUCAACUGUCGUUGCCGAUAACCAGUUCUCUACCCUUGGAAUCGUGCUUCUAGCUGCGUUGGCACGACUGUCCAAAAUCACCGGGAUCAGUGAGCUGAAGCAACCUGUGACAAGCAAGUCCAAGUUUACUCCUAUCGUCGCGAAGGAAGAUCUUGGGGAACGCAUUCGUCGGAUUGACAAUGCGCCACUCCCUCCGGUCAAGAUUUCCUCUGAUUCCAAAGUCUCCAAGUUCUCUAAGGCCUCCAAGGUUUCGGAGCCCACGGAAAAGCUUACAGAGGACGUUUCAAAAAGUACAUCGAAAAAGAAAAAGAAGAAGAACGCUAUCGAUGAUUUGUUCAGCGGUUUGUUUUGA